AUGCUAGCAUCCUCCAAGUUACUCCGCCCAUGCUGGAAAUUAUCUUCAACAGUGAGGGCAAAUUAUGACGACUUUGAUUAUGCUUAUAAAAGGGGUGAAGAUGGAUUUUGCCAAUUUGUUGACAGACCCUCACAGUUUCCUAUUGAGGCAACUUCAAUAUUCCUUUUCCCUGGUCAAGGCGCUCAGUUUGUUGGAAUGGGGAGAAAUCUUCUUAAAUAUCCCGGUGUAAAAGAGAUGUAUGAAACUGCCAGCUCUAUGUUACGAACAGAUCUAUUGAAGACUUGCCUUGAAGGACCAUCUGAUAAGCUCCGAAAUAACAUCCAUUGCCAACCUGCCAUUUAUGUUACUUCCUUAGCUGCUGUGAAAAAACUUCAACACGAAUGCCCUAAAAUGAUAGAAAACUGCGUUGCGGCUGCUGGAUAUAGUGUUGGGCUUCAUUUAGUUCGUGUUCGAGCUGAAGCUAUGCAGAAGGUUUGUAAGCAGAUUCCCGGGGGAAUGCUUUCCGUAAGGACGACGCAUGAAUCUCAACUUAACGAUUGCAUUAAUGCCGCCAGAAACGCGUGUCCUCUAGACUUAAAAACUCUAACGGUUUGUCACUGCCAGAUCGCUGCAUUCCUUGCUCCAGAUGUUCGAGUCGUUUCAGGAACAAAUCAGGCACUUGAAUUCAUUGAAAAGCACUACGAGCAGUUUCGUUUGAAGUCCGUUAAGCGCCUGGAUGUUGAAGGACCAUAUCAUACUGUCAAUAUGGAGCCUGCUAUGAAGGCUAUGAUACGCGCUUUUGGCAAAAUGGAAGAGCCUCGAAAUCCAAAAAUCCCAGUACUCUGUAAUUAUGACGUGAAGCCCUACCUUUUCAAUAUCAAUCCUCAUCUUGCUAUAUCAGCUAAGAGUAUAAUUUACUGGGAGCAGAUCUUACAUUGCCUUUACAGUCGGCCAGACACAUAUCCCUUCCCAAUGACAGUCGAAGUCGGUCCAGGACGGCAGUUGGGAGCUACUCUUCGGAUGGUGAACAGAAAGGCCUUCCAGCGGUACCGAAAUGUUGAAGUUUAG